GUAACAACUGAACACAGCGCCGGUUAUUAUUUUGUAUCUCAAACUAUGUUCGUAAAAAUAUGUCAAAAAAUAACAUAUGACAAAGAUAAAAAUUAUCUUAAGCACUAAACGUCAAAAUCAGUCAGGUGACAAAAUUGAAGAAAUAUUUAAAGAAAAUAUUCUAAACAAUCCAAUGUUAAAUCAAAAAAUCGGAAAAAGUUUCUACAAUGCACAACAUAGAAUAUUAGAUCACAGAGUUUUUGUCAAUGGUGAAAUUGAAAAUUUUUUAAAUAAUUUUGAGAUUAAACGUAACGACAUUGAAGUGGAAACACUAUUCAAGUUAACAGAAACUGUAGGUGAACUUAAGUACGAUUUAUCUGAUCGUUGCAUUUCAUUGGGAACGGCGAAUCUUAAUCAAAUAUCAACAGAUAUAAAAGAUUUAUUAAGCGGUGUUGAACUGUUUUUAAAAUCAACAAAUAUUGAAAAGCCGCCGGGUGAUUUCUUAGCAGAGUCUCGCAAGCAGAGACAACAGAUAAAGGAUAACUUUUGCAACGAUCUUAAACACGGAUUUACACGCAUUGAUAACUCUUUUGAACAGAAGGAGGAAGAAAUUGCAGAACUCUACUCCGAUCUGCAAUUAAAGUUAAAUAUAACAAAGUAAAUUCUAUAUACCAAAAAAAAA